AUGAACAUUUGGUUUGAAAGAGGCUUCAAGAGAAAGUUUGUAGGCUAUGAACUUACCAAGUACUUUGGCGGCCAAUCAUUCUUGGGAACCAAUACAUUUUCUGGAGGUGAUUAUACUGGCUAAGACGAAGAUUGGAAUCUAUUAUAUAAGUUCUAUGCCAAGUAUCCCGAAGUUAAAUACUUCCCUCAGCACAAUCACUUCUUCCAGCAGUUCGGUGGUAAUAUGGAGCUUUCUCAUUCUGCAGCUAUCUUUAUUAGAAAGCAAAGAUCUUUGAUGUCAAAGGGUUACACAGAGGAAAAAGCUUUUCAAAUAGUUGAAAAGGAUCUAGGUAAAUUCAUUCAAUAGUAAAGAGAGGAGAUGAGAAUCAUCAGAGGAGUUGCCUUCAAUGCUUUUGGCGACUCUUAUCUUGAUAGAAUGCAAAGAAUAGCCGAACUUGAAAGUUCCAUGAAGAUGAAGAGACUUGAGAGAGAUAUCCCUAAGUAUUAGAGAGCUCAGAAUGAAUGGAUUAAGGAAAUGGAGACAAUGCUUUAACACAACAAAUAGAAAUAAAAUUCAGCUUAAAACGAAGGCGGAGAAGAUGAAGACAUCUCAUACACAAGAGAAAGCAUUGAAGAUGCUUACACAACUGAUUACCAAAAGGUACAAUAAAAAGACAGUGUUUAAUCCUACACUCCUGUUCUUUAUGAAAUUGUUAAAGACUAGAAUGCACUCAAUAAAAAAGAGACACUCUCAGAAAUAUAAGAAGGGUUCUUAUAGAGAGCUGAAAGUUUGCUUAAAAUCUUCCAUGAAAGAUCACAUAUUCAUGAUGGUCUUAAGAACUUAUCAAAUGAAUAAGUUUUGAGGAGAGUAAGGGAGGGUCCAACUAGACUUAAAAGAGCGGCUAAAUCACUUCUUUACAAACUAUAAAAGCAUAAUGUAGUUCUAGAUUAAAACGGUGAUGUGGAUUUUAGCAAUGUUAAAGAGCCCAAUGUACUUUCUUCAUUAAAGAAAAAUGAGAAUUUAGUGAGAUUGACUCUAAUGCAAGCUGACCUAGAAUUUGAGUACCCUCAGAAACUUGAGAAGAUGACAAUCAAGGCAGAUCUUCUUAAAUUGAUUGAUGAAGAGGAACUCAAGCUUAAAUCAAUGGUUGAAUAAAAAGAGCAUGAAGAACUCGCCAAGAAGGUUCUCACAUAUGAAGAGUACUAUAGCAACUAUCCUCAGCAAGAGACCAGAUUGGCUUUCCCAAAUACUUCAAACUUAGGAGCAUCAAGAAAAGAUACUAAGUACGAAGAGUUCAUCAAAGAAAAGACUUCAGUAAACAUUUUUGAAAAUGACUUGCUCGACCAAGCCUACAAAUUCUGGGAGAAUGAUGUUGAUAAAACUGAGAGAUUGAAAAAAAUCUGGCUUGAUUUGAAGAGAAAGAACGCUCUUGGUGGAGUUGACUAAAGAACUACUGAAGAGCAAGAUCAACUUACUGGUCAGAUUGUUGAGUUAACUAGAAAGAUCAGAUUCAGAGUUGAUCAGGAACUUGUGAAGAGAAAUAUCAACCCAGUAUUCAAGAAUAACUACAAGGCUUAUGAUAAGGAGGAGUUCUUAGUAGAUGCAAACAUGGAAUUCUUUAAGAUAAAGAAGUUGCUUGAAAGAAAUCCAAAGACUCUUAAGGAUGAUCCUCUUCUCUCAAUAGAUUACUUAAAGGUAAUAGAUUUGAUUAAGAGAAGAAGACUCUACGAAGACGCAAACGAUCAAUUCCACCCUCAUGAACAAUACGAGUCAACUUAUUUGGACCCUGAAGUGAAGGACCAAAAGAAGCAGAUUGAUGAACUAAGAAAAGCAUAGGCUUUCAUGAAUUAACUUGAUACCGAGCAGUUGACCACUGGAGGUGACAGUGCUUUGCUUGAAGAUGAAGAGACCGAGGCACAAGUUAGAACUACAAAAAAGAAGGAGGAAAGAGAGAAGGCCAAGCUUAUGAAACAAUUCGAUGCUUUGGCUCAGCAAUACGAGAAGUCGAACAAGAAAAUCCUUAAUACAGAGGACAAGGAAACAGUAGGACAGAUGAAGAAAAGCACUAAAAAGAAGAAGGAAAAGACUCUUGGUUCCAAACUUAGACUCAAGGAAAAGAAAGUUGGUCCAGAAAAGAAAUGA